AUGUCGGGCAAUAACAUCAAGGUGAGAGCUGAGGACCGCAAGAAAUGGUUCCGACCGAUGAACCGGAUGGAGGUGGAGGCGCGCUCAGAGGACUGUGUCGACUACUCUGGCGAUUCGACGGUGUUGAUGAAGAACUCGGCAUCAUUAGCUGGGCCAGAGAAGGACGGCUUCACCUUCGAUCGGGUGUUUGAUACGGCGACGCAGCAGAAUGAGAUCUUUGACUGGGGAGUCAAGGGGAUUGUCGAUGAUGUGAUGAUGGGCUUCAACGGUACUCUGUUCUGUUAUGGACAAACAGGAUCCGGAAAGACGUACACUAUGAUGGGAGCCGACAUUGACAAGCCCGCGCUUCGAGGUAUCAUCCCCCGGAUAGUCGAGCAGAUAUUCGCGAGCAUCAUGUCGGCCGACAUAGCGAUUGAAUAUACAGUCAAAGUCAGCUACAUGGAGAUCUACAUGGAGAAGAUCCGUGAUCUACUUCAACCCCAAAACGAUAAUCUGUCAAUACACGAGGAUAAAGCGCGAGGGGUGUACGUCAAGGGAUUAACGGACGUGUAUGUGGGAAGCGAGGCGGAGGUGUACAAGGUCAUGAGAGCAGGAGGAGCCAGUCGCGCCACUUCAUCAACCAAUAUGAAUGCCGAAUCGUCUCGCUCACAUUCGAUCUUUGUGAUUGGGAUACAUCAGCGGAAUGUCGAGACGGGGAGUCAGAAGAGUGGGAAUUUGUAUUUGGUUGAUCUGGCGGGAUCGGAGAAGGUGGGAAAGACAGGAGCGACGGGUCAGACACUGGAGGAGGCCAAGAAGAUCAACAAGAGUUUGUCGGCGUUGGGGAUGGUCAUCAACUCGUUGACGGACGGAAAGUCGACGCAUGUCCCAUAUCGAGAUUCGAAACUCACCCGUAUCCUGCAAGAAUCGCUCGGCGGAAACUCCCGUACCACACUCAUCAUCAACUGCUCCCCCGCCUCAUACAACGAAGCCGAAACCCUCUCUACCCUCCGUUUCGGGAUGCGCGCCAAAUCCAUCAAGAACAAGGCUCGGGUCAAUGUCGAAAUGUCGCCCGGGGAGCUCAAGGCCAUGCUCAAAAAGACAGUCGCGGAGCUCGCGGCGGUUCGGGAGCACGCUGCCAAGCUGGAAGAAGAGGUCGCGUCGUGGCGGCAAGGCGUCAGCGUGGAUGCAAGCCAGUGGGUCGGCAGUCUGGCCGGUGUGUCCAAGGGCGGGGCCGGGGGCGUUGGAUCCGGGCCAAGGAGGGAGGUCAUGAGUCCCCCAUUACCGUCGGGACUUUCGACGCCGAGUCGAGCGGGUACGCCGGGAGGCUCGCUUUUGAGUCCGUUUCAGGUGGACUCGAGGCCUGAUACGCCUACGGUGUAUAGUCUGCCGAUUGAUGAGAAGGAGGAGUAUUUGAGGCGGGAGAAUGAGUUGAGUGAUCAGUUGGCCGAUAAGGAAUCGGCGCUCGCUGGGCAGGAGAAGCUGGUAGCGGACCUGAGGGACGAGAUUGCGUAUCUCAAGGAGCAAGAUGCCAAUAUCAGCAAGGAGAACCACGCCAUCUCAUCCGAACUUGCCGAACUCCGUAUUCUCUCUGGCCGACUCGAAUCUGAAGCGAAAGACGCGCACAUCAAUGUCGAUACCUACAAGGACAAGGUGAACGAUCUUCAGAGGGACAUUGAAGAGCAGCAGGCGAUGAUUGAGGAGUUGCGAAAGGCGGAGCGGAAAGAAAAGGAGGAGGAGAAGGAACGGCGUAAGGAGAUCAUGUUGAGUGAGAUGAUGGCCAAGAUUGACAUGGGAGGAACACCGUCCGACGCGACAAAUGAAAAGAUCCGACGACUGCUCUCAGCAAUGGAGACUGAGUCGGACCCCUCAGGCGCCUUUUCGGCCAAAACGCGCGAACUGGUCCGUACGCAUAUUGCGGAAAAUCAGGAUCAGAUCCGGGAGCUCCAAGAGAAGUCGAGGUUGAGUCAUGAGGAGGCGGAAAUGAAUCGGGUGAGGAGAGGGGAGGUGGAGAGGUUGUUGGAGAAGCGGGAGGGGGCGUAUGAGGAGCUGCUAGCAGAGAAGACGAGCAGUAAUCAAACGAUGGUGCUCGCCGAUAUCAAGGAGCAAUACGAAGCCCGAUACAAGGCGCAAGAAGAACUCCUUCAGGGCGAGAUCAGGACAACGACCGAGCAGGCCGAAUCGCGUGCGGCGGAGAUGCGGAGAUUACAAGCGACGGUGGAGAGCUACAAGCUGUCGAAUGAGGAGUUGAACCGCGCCCUCAAUGUCGCCACUGCCGGCUCAGCGACGGGCGAGUCCUUUGCCCAAUCCACACAGGAAGCGGAACGACUUCGGAAGGCUAUGGAGAUCCAGCACGCCGAGUUUGAGAUUAGCAAGAAGAGUCUUGUCAAGGACUUGCAGAACCGGUGUGAGAAGGUCGUCGAGCUCGAGAUGCAGCUAGACGAGAUCAGAGAGCAGUACAAGCUUAUCGUCCGAUCGACCAACUCUCGUGCACAGCAACGCCGAGUGGAGUUCAUGGAACAUAAUCUGGAAGCGCUCAAUGCGGUGCAGAAGCAGUUGGUGGAGCAAAACACGACGCUCAAGAAGGAGAUCAACCAAGCUGAGAAGCGGCUUCUGGGUCGGAAUGAACGGAUCCAGAAUUUGGAGCAGGUGAUUACCAACACGGAGCACAAGUAUGGGAUGAAGGAGUCCAAGUAUGAAGCUACGCUCGCGGCUUUGAAGAACCAGUUGAUACUGGCCGAGACGCAGCAGAAGUCCCAAGCGGCAUUCAACCAGGGGAGAAUAGCCAAGCCGCUCAGAGGUGGAGGAGGGCAGGCUGUGCCGCCGCAUCAUCAGCCCCAGACGGUCCAGAGGGACGCGCAGCCCGGUCAGCCGCUUUAUCAGGCAUUGGCGGCUGGGAGUCCGGUGGGGAGGUUGCAGAAUGAGGAAGGGGGUGGGAAGAGACAAUCAUGGUUCUUCGGGUCUCAGCAUUGA